GCCAACCCGCGCACAUCGGCGGAGCCACCACUUGGCUGCCCCUCCCUCUGCGCGGACGCCCGACACUCUGCCGUCGGCAGCCGAUAGCUGGGCGGGGUCUGGGAGCGCGCGAACCGCGGCCGCGUUGAGUCAGGUCGAGUGCGCUUCGCUGUAGUCUCGCCGCCUUAUUUUUCUCCGCACGAUGACUUACUCCGGAUUCUGAAGUGACGGACACCAGCCAUGGAGACGGAAGAGAUAACGAAGCUGGUCGACGGCAUCUACAAGAAUAUCCUUGACAAGUUCAACCCUGGAGCGAGACAGUUGAUUCAGGCUGGAAAGGCAUACCUCAAAGCCCUGCAUGGAGCUGCGGCGGCGUCCCGGCUGUACGUGGACGCCAUCAGCAAGCUGGCCAAGCAGGCGCAGCAGGGCACCUGGGGAGCCUCCGCCGAUGUCGGUUCGGCGUUGAUGCAGAUUGUGGACGUCUACAAGGAGACUCACGCGCAACAGAUGAAUAUUUUGAAAGCCUUCUACGUUGACCUCCUCGUCCCACUGGAAACUAACCUCGAAAAGGACACCAAAGUCGUACAGAGCGAGCAGAAGCGCUUUCUCCAGCAGCACAAGCAGCGGUCGGAGACGUACAGCAAGGCGGCGGCGGCGGUGAAGAAGCAGCGCAAGAAGACGCGCACGAAGCCGCCGUCGGUAGCGCUGGACCGCGAGGUGAAGAGCCUCCAGGCGCUGGAGGAGGAGCGGGCCAAGCUGGACGCCUUCUGCGAGGCCAGCCUCAAGACGGCGAUGACGCAGGAGCGGAGGCGCUACGGGUUCGUGCUGGAGCGCCAGUGCUCGCUGGCGAAGCACUACCUGCUGCACCACACGCAGGGCAAGCAGGCGCUGGAGGAGCGCCUGGACUCGUGGCAGGACGUGGCGCACUCCAGGGAGGCGCUGCCGGAGGGCGUCGAGGCCGUCCUCACCGCCAGGCUCCGCCAGGUGAGCUUCUGGCCAGAGGACAGUCCGGGAGGCAUGGAGGACGACAGGCUGUCCCUGACGUCACAGCUGCGGAAGACCAAGUCGAUGGACGCGUCGUGCCUCGACAUGCGGUCCAUCGGCGAGGCGGUCAACCACAGCCCCAUGAAGCCGCUGUCCAGGGCCAAGUCCGACUUCAACCUGGCCGCCUCCACGCACUCGCUCGAGCAAGAGCCGGAGCCGCGACCCAAGUCUAUGGCGGUGGCGUCUGGGUGGGACAACCAGCUGGCGCGGGCGCUGUACGCCUACCUCUCCAGCGGCGACAACCAGCUCAGCUUCCUGGAGGGCGACCUCAUCGCCCUCAUAGGUGAACGGAACAAGGGGUGGCAGUUCGGCGAGAACCUGCGGACGCAGUGCACCGGCUGGUUCCCGCUGGCCUACACAGAACUGCUGCUGGACGGCGUCGACAGGUCUCCGACGCACGGGCGGCCGCCGGACGGCCAGAGCGUGAGCAGCGGCGGCAGCGGCAGCAGCGGCGCCGGGUCCUCGUCCGCCAGCGCCACCACGCCCGGCUCACCCACCGGCAGCUCCGUCAGCGGCGGUGGGGGCGGCGGGGGAGGAGGCGUGGGCGGCGGGCCGCGCAGCCUGCCCCUGCUGACGGGACGCUGCGCGCCGCCAGCACACGCGUCGCUGCCGCCUGCCAGGAGCCGGCCCCCACUGCAGACGCCGACGGGCGGGGGCGGGAUGAUGGCUGGGGGCCGAGCGGGCCCGCCGCCCCCGCUGCCGCCGGCGCCCGUCCCGCGGCGCGUGCCGCCGCCCCCGCUACCGCCCACCUUCCGCAUGGGCGCCACCAACACCAGCAGCCUGCACAGUAGCAACGACAGCGGCUUCAGCAACCCCACCCCGGAGGCCGACUUCUCAGACGACGACAGCGUCAGGAGCAACGUGUUCGCCACGGUGAAGCUGCGGAAAACCAAGACGAACGACCGCUCGGCCCCGCUCAUCCUGUAGGCGGCGCACACGACCACACACCUGCCCUGUUUCUCUUCCUGCCAGCCGCAGAACCGCGGGGC